AUGACCAUCGACCCUUGCCCCGACGCGAGCUCCUCUUCGCCCGCGCGCAACGCCGCCGGGACGGGUGCACCGAUCAUGCCGACGACGACGACGCCAGCUUCAAAGUACCGCGGCCUGCGCAACGACAGCGCGACCUGCUACCUCAACAGCCUCCUCCAGACGCUCUACAUGACACCCGAGCUGCGCACGCAACUGUACCAGUCGACAUCGUCCGCGAGUGAAGGCAGCUUUCUGCGGGAGCUUCAGCUCCUCUUUGCGAGGCUCCAACUGCGAACCGACCGCAAGGCCAUCGACACAACCUCACUCAUGCAGAGCUUUGGCUGGACGUCAUCGGAUCUUCUGCAGCAGCACGACGUGCACGAGCUCUACCACGUUCUCUUCAAGGCUCUCGAUGCCUCUCUGCAAGGCUCGCCCAAUGCAAACGUCAUCCAUGAUCUCUACCAAGGCACGCUCACAGACUCUGUCCAAUGCAUCACCAUUCCAUCAACACCAACAAGUCUUGACGACGCCAUCGCAACCUUCCUCGCACCCGAGCGCCUCGUCAGCGACAACCAAUGGCUCUGCGACGUCUGCGGCACCAAGCAAGACGCCAUCAAGCGCCUGUCGCUAGUGCAACUUCCGCCGCUGCUCACACUCCACCUCAAACGCUUUGCAUGGGACCAUGGCACAUCGAAGCUCACGAGCAGAGUCUCGUUUCCCAAGUACCUCGACAUGAACGCGUAUCAUCCGUCGACGUCCAGCCGUCCCAAGGUGCCGCCGUCUUCCACGAGCACGCAAGAAGCAGCAGCGGAAGCAACGUGGCACCCGUCCUUUGACCUCGCUGCUAUGCUGGCCUGUGGUCCGUUUGUCUACGAGCUCGCGUCAGUGCUCGUGCACGCUGGCUCUGCGAACGGCGGUCACUAUGUCGCGUACAUCCAGUCGUCACUGGACGACGAUCGUCGCUGGCUCUGCUUCAACGACGCUUCGGUCUCGACCAUCUCCGAGGCCAAAUUGCGCACGACGUAUGGCCUUACGUCGGUCAACGGUGGCUACUACGAGUCAACGCGUGCGCCGUGUGCGUACGUGCUGCAGUACCGCCAGGUCGAAGUCUCUCGCAAGGUCCAGUGUCCUCCCGACGACAUGAUACCUUCUUGGCUCGUCGAUCUUGUGCACGCCGAGAUGCAAUGCGAGCAAGCAAACAAGCAAGCGCGGGCCAAGCGUCGCGUCGCAGAAGAGACGAAGAAGGCCAACGUCGCCGACAUGAUCCAGAUCAAGAUCUUGCACGACAACAGCCACAAGAUGCUACAUGUCUCCAAGACCGCUACGCUCGCCGAGGUGACGGCGCAGGCCGUCGCGCUCUUUGAGUUGCGUAUCUCGCUGGACCGCGUCCGGCUGCGGGCCUACUCCGAGUACUUGGCGCUGCCACGCGAGACGUACGACGGCCGUGAACACUGCACGCUCGCGGCAUUGGCCAUCUACGCCUGGAGCUGCUUGAGCCUCGAGGUCCGAGCCAGCGCUGACGAAGCGUGGGCAGUGUUCGAUCCAACGGCGCUGCAGCUGCUCGUGCGCAGAUAUGUGCCACCGACGCCGUCGACGCCAGAGCACUUUACCGAGCCGCCCGAGCUUGUGCAACUCCCGGGUAACGCGCGACUCGACGACUUGGUCACGCUGCUCAGCGCCAAGUUCAACAUGAAUCGAGAUCACCUGCGGCUGCUUGAGAUGCGCUCAACGGGCUACUGGGCCAUCACGACACGAAUUCUCAACCCGCAUCACGACGAAGCGACGCUGCAGCAGACAUUGCGCACAGAUCUGUCCCUCCGCGAUGGCAGCAACAUCUACGUCGAAGCCGUCGACGAUCUCGCGUCAUCACCGUCGCUCGCCAAGGAGCUCUUCGAGGCCCGCGCCAAUUCGAUCACCGUCCAAGUGCAGACAAACGACCCCAAGCUGCUACGCGCCAAGAACAUCGAGGGUGACGCGAUGGGCUGGCCGUUCACCGUCGACCGCCGGCGACCUCUCCAACGGUCGGAUACGUUGACGCUGCGGCGCGGCGCUAGCAAGGGCGCCGAGCUCAAGCACCUCGUGGCGUCGUUUUUGCACCUAGCCCUCAUGGACCAAUCCACUCUGUGGAUCGAGCUCGGGGUGCCGCUGCGAGCCGGCCAGUACAGAGUCCAGAUUCAUCUCUACACGCCAAGGCCCACCGACACGACGAGUCCGUCAAAACUCGUGCGACACGUCUGGCCGUUGACGCACGCACUGUCAUUUUGCACAACUCUUGUGGUUUCGGCCGAGAUGCUUGUCAGCGAGAUCAAGGCCCGCAUCCUCGCCGUCUUAAAGCACCCCCGCGCGAAGCGCUUGUGGCUCAUGGACCUGUCGCCAAACCAUCGUCUCCAGCGCGUCCUGUCCGACGACGGCACGCUCGGCGAGGCGUCGCCGCUGUCCCUCUACGAGAACCGGUCGUUUGCUGUCCAGAUGCUCGAGCCCCUCGAGCCGCGUGGCGCCGCCAACAUGCUCGUCUCGAUCGUGCUCUUUGACCGAGCGCAUCUCACAUUUGGCCGUGAAAUCGCGAUCGCGUUUUCAACGCUCUUGCCUGGGACGCACUGGAUCGACCUGCUUUUGCUCGAAAUCCAAACGGCCUUUGGGCUCCCACCCGACGCCGCGCGCCUCGCCAAGCCGUCGCAGACGUCAGCCAUGGACGUGAUUGAGAUGGCGCAUCUCUCGUGGCUCGACCGCGACCAAUGCCUGGGCUGGACCAAUAUCUCGUCGCUGGUGCUCUUUGGGGAUCGACUCGUGCUCGCUGAUGCUCGUGUGCCAACCAAGGUGCUCUCGACACACGAGCUGCUCGAUCUUCAACAUCGCAUUGACGCAGUGAUCGACACAUAUAACAACAAGAGCUGCGUGGUCGUCGUCGGGUGGUCGACCAAGGCCGUCGAUCGACGAGUGCCAUGGGAGCAGGCAGAUCGAGACCGCGCUCAUCCUUGGUAG